GGAGCUUCCAGUUUAGGAGGCGUCACUUCGACCUGGGAAGUUUUUCCAUUAAUUGCUAGGAGGAAACCGGGGAAAAGAAAAAGAAAAAAGAACCCACUGCUUUUAUGCAAAUGUUGAUUUUGUACCAUCGACGUUUAAUUUCGUAGAAGUAUGCGCCGGGCGUCCUUGUGAAACCAAGGUAUUGGUUGCUUGGAAUUAUUGCACCCUGUUUUCGGUCCAGGAUCUGCUUUUGCAAGCCAUUCUGCACAAUGCUUCCAGGCGUUGCAACAUAUCACUUUCCUUGGGAAAUAAACUCUACUUCAGUACCGGAAGGGAAAACCCUGAGAACAUAUGGCAGGCUUCAGUCUUAUGAUAUGGCCAUUUCCCAAGCCAUCUUAACAGCUCAGCAUGCAUCUGAUCAGCACUGUAUUCCAGUUUGCACAAAGUUUGUCGAACCUUUUCAGGCCCAACUUGGGUCUUGGUAUAUUGUCCUGGGGGAAACUGAAUUCAAGGAGGGUGAGUUGAUUAUAAGGGCUCGUGUAUUUACAUGUGUAGAAGGAAUAAAUCUUCACUUAUUCGAAAAAGCCAUAGAGGAACAAAGAAAAUAUUUCCAGGAGAGAAGGAAAUAUCAUGAAGGAAGCAUAUGUUAGUGCUAUGCUUUAGCCAGGAUUUAUUUAUUUUUGCUGUUCUGUAUAUGAUCACUCAUAUCUUGCCUUUAAUCCUGGUUUUGUUGUAGAAUAUAUUGUUUUGUGAAUACUUAUUUAAAAUUGGUUUGAUACAAUGUUUUAGACUCAGAGAAUGAAGAUUAUGUCCAGUGUUCCACAAUGGGUCUUUGAAUCUUAUACAUAAUUCUGUUUAGAAACCCAUAUAAACAAUAGAGCAUGCAACGGGCUAAAUAGAAAUCUUUAUUUUGGAAGAUGAUUUUUUGGAAAUCACAGAAGCUUGAUCCUUAAGUUAUUAAGAAGUUUCUUAAUAUGCUAAAGAAACCAAGGUUAGUAGCUGGUUAGGGGCAUGGCUUUUCAUUCUAAUUUUAUCGAUAGAAAAAAGUGUUUUCAUUGGCUUGGGAUGCUCCCAUUUCCCUUUAUACAAUUUCUGAUUUUCCUGACAGUUGUUGAACACCUUCUAUUUCAGAAUAUAUCAGAAUUGUGAAAUAAUGUAGCUUUUAAUUUGAUCCUGAAAUAAAACUUAAUAUGCUGGUUCUAGAAAGUAAUAAAAGGAACUUUUCCUUUAUUUUUCAAUUUGUAUUAUAGAAUCCUACUAAGAUCUGUCUUGUUGCCUGUAUUUACUGUAUAUUUAUGAGACAUUGUAGAUGUGAUCAUUAGGCUUCAGGUAGAUCCUAUCAAUGUGCUAAUGGCAUCCAUCUUAAUCGUUUUCAUCAGGACCAGACAAAACUGUAUGUGU